AGAUGCAGUCCAACCAGCGAGCUGCCGGCGGCAAUCCGUAUUACGACAACCGGUCAUACGACGCGGUGGCUUCAGGCUCUGGAACACCAGGAGAUCCUGCAACUUCAGACAACAGCUCUGUCGAGCGCCGUCAGUCGCCACCCAAGCGGCAACCAGAACCUGUGAACGACUACGGCAUUGGGUUCAGUCAAGCCCCUGAGUAUACCUCGUCGACAUUCUCAGUGGGUGGCUCGCAGCACGGAAACCAGUCCGGCGGGGGUGCGCCGCCUCCGCCUAGGAAGGAUGGUCCCAUGCUUAGGAAGCCCGUACAGGAUACUCAGUCCACACAGGAUAAACAAAAGAAACGCAGGAGCUUCUUCGGCAUUGGGAAGGGGAACUAGGAAGCCCCAGAAGAUGGUGACGGCAUGUUGCGUGGGGAGGAUGUGGGUGGCGUACAACCCGGAAACCAGCCGCAGCGGAGCAUGGGAGGCCAAAGUCAUUAUGUGACAGAUUCGGACCGAACGGUGAAGCCAGAUGGCCGAUCUCUGCACAAAAGAUUCCCGUAAAAGAAACAUGAUAUCAAAGGCGUCGAAACCACUGCGGGCUCGAUAGGCCGUGCGAAGAUCGAAUCUCCAAAACUCCUCCAACCAGAACGAGAGGGAAUGGUCUUCCGCCUUGUACUUGCGUUGUCUGCAGUGCAUUUCAUAACCAACCUCAUUUUCUCGAUCUUAAUUUUUAUUUUCUUUGUUUCCGGGUCCGGCCUACUCAGGUCACGGUUGUUACGGUAUCAAUUCUCCAACUUGUCGGGUUUUUACGAACGGGAUGAGGGAAUGAGUACAUAUAGUUGAAAGAGGCAGAGCUGUAUCUCAACAAGAACUGCGUGGAGUCGAUAAUUUUUGGCACCAGAAGAGCUGGUGUCUAGGCUCCUCAUCAUGGAGACGGAACUGUGGAAGGGGCUCUUUCUGUAAGAAUCUUUACGGGCCGGCAUCAUUUGCACGACAGGCCGUUUGCAGUGGCAUAUCUAGGUCACUUUCAGGAACACUCAUCAUGAUUCUUUAUGUCCAGCAGGAGGACAAGGUGGCUGCCUCCUAUGUGCAUGGAACUCAGGCGGCAAUGAUGUGGUGGAAAUUAGCUACGCACAGGACGGAAUAUUCGAUCAAUAUCGAUAGAAUACGUCGGUGGUCUCAUGCAGACGAAACUGAACAGAGCGGCAUGGUUCAUCAUAGAAGGAAAGAACUUGUUUGAGCUCAC